AUGGCUGCUGAUGUUCUCUCUACUGGUUUUUGGGAAAUUGGAAAUUACAAGCAUAAUGUUAAAAGGAUUAAGGAUGGCCUUGAUCAACUUGACGACUUCUCGAAAAUGAAUCGUGAGCGCGCUGAAAUUGAGGCGAAGUACAGCAAAAUGCUUGCCAAUUAUUCGGAAAAAUGGCGAUUGCAUGUCGAUCGAGCUGUUCCAACAGGAUGCAUAAAAACGGUUUGGAAUGCACUUAUUGAGGAAGCAAUUACCACUUCAAAUGUUCAUAAUAAUUUGAAAGAGCACUUGUUAGAAGAUGUCAUUAAAGAAACAUCCAAUUAUCGAAAAAACAACCUUCACGUUUCGGUAUUCAAGGGACCAAAGGAAAUUCGUGAAAUCGAAGACGGCUAUGAUAAGGCACAAAAGCCGUGGAAAAAACGAUACGAUAAGAUGGAAGAAAAACGGCAGAAGUAUUUCAGCGCGUGUCGGCAGGAAAAAUCAGCUCUUGUAAAUUUGCAAAAUUGCCAGGCGGAUUCGUCAAUUUCUGCCGAUGGCACAACCAAAUUUCGAGAACGUCAUGAAAAAAUGAAAGAAGAAGUUCAAAAAACUCGCGUGGAAUAUGAAAAAGCAUUAGCGAAUUUGAAUGAAUACCGUAGCGUUUAUGAAGAAGCUAUGAAUCAUGUCUUCAAAUGCUGUCAAGAUCGGGAGCUUCAAAGAUCGCAGUUUUUGAUUGAUAUGAUAUCGAUUACUCAGAAGUUCGAGCUCGAUCUUAUCAAAAACAGCCAAUUGGCUGGACUUCAUCAGCAGUUGGAGCAAACCAUUCUAAGCUCAAACACAGAAGCAAUCAAAAAAGAUUUAUCCCAAUGGUCGAAAGUAUACGGCGUCGAAGCUAACUGCCAAUGGCCAGUUUUUGUCGAAUAUUCUCCAGAAAUUCGCAAUAUUGCUUCCAAAGGUGGUUCAGCAGCUAAAACUGUUGGUGGUGUAGUUCUGACCAGACAAAUUAUUGUUAAUGAUGACGUUCCCCCAUUAUCUACGGCUUCUAUUUCGGCGCCAUCAAUCACUACAAAUGUAUCAACAAAUUUUGAAACCGGAAAAGGUAGCCCUAAGAGUAGUAGCGAUUCUGAUACAAACACAUUUGAUAGCCGAAAACACAACAAAUACAACAGUAAGAAAUUACAACAACAUCAACAACAAAACUGGAAUCAAGCCAAUGGACCUGAAUCUCCUCCAUUGUCCACUGCAACGCCUGACUCUUCAAAGUAUGGAGACUUUGAAGAAUUCACAAUCUGCAAGACAGGAGUGGUGUUGUAUGAUUACAAACCAGCUGAGAACGACGAGAUUCAGUUGCAAAAAGGAGAAACAAUUGAUGUUUUAAGUGAACCUGACUCGCUUGGCUGGUGUACAGGACGUAGUAAAGGGAACAUCGGCUUAUUCCCAGCUAGCUACGUACAGUGCAUUGAAAAAAAAAUGUAA